AUGCCAUCUGUAACUGAUCUUCAACAACAAUCAUCAAAAAUCUCAUCGAAUAAUAAUGGAAAAUCGACACCACCACCACCACAACAACAACAGAUAAUUUCAACGUCAACGGGAAAUACUACUGAUACAACAAAUGUUGAUGCAAUAACUCAAGUUAUUCUGAUGCUGGAAAAAAAACAACGAAAUCUAGGCAAAAGAAAAGAAAAACUUGAAAGCUACGAAGAAGAAGCAAAAUCCGGUAAAGAACUUAAUAAAGAUCAAAAGGAAGCAUUAGCCAAAUAUACUGAAGUUCUUGGUCAAAUUGAAUGUGUCAAAGAUAUUUCUGAACAAAUAAAAAAAAUACAAACUGAGUCAGCUAAAAAUCAAAAACGUCUUGUUAAACAAGCAACUGACGAAAAACGAUUAUUAGUAGCUCAACGGCUUCGUGAAUAUGCUCAACUACGAUAUUUACUUGAGCAUCAGCCAUCUUCAUUGAAACCAGAGGAAUCAUCAUUAUUAGAUGAACUAGCUCGUGUUAUUGUUCCAUGUGAUGCAGCAUUAAAUGUAAUAACUCGUUCUAUUGACGCUGUAUUGUCAAUUUAUCAAGGUGGUUCAUUAUCAUCAACAAUUAAAAAUAUAACUGGUCGAACAUCACAAGAAUUAAGAGAGACACUCGAACAAUUAAUUAAACAAUGUGAAAUUUCAUCUUCGAUGGAUGCAUCAACGAUUCAACAAACAAAACUAGGUGAAACAGUCAAACAAACGCCUGUUCUUGUUGCUGUUGUUGAACCUUCAUCAAUACCAUCGGUUUCUGUAUUACCUCAACGAGAACCAAAUAAACAACAACAAUCGAAUGAUAAUACUGAUGUAUUGGAAUCAUCAUUAAGUCAUACUCAUUUGAUUCAAACAAAUUCAAAUAAAUAUUCAACACAAUUCGAUACACGAAAAGAAAAUAUUCCGCUUCAAUCAAUAAUUGCAGAUAGUACAUUUUUAUUCGAUUCAAUAGCGACAAAUGUUACACAAGAUUCAUCUAAUAAUCAAGAUAAUUCUCAAAUUCAAACAAAUGAUUCUAAACAAAUUCUGCAAACAUUUACCGUUGUUAACUCGAAUUUGAUCGGUCAAACUUCUUCACAAGGAUAUACGCAAACAACAAAUCAACAACAAGGAAAUAAUUAUGAUCAAGAAACUACAUCGAAUGUUAUUGGUUCAAAUAAUGUUACAACUAAUGAACAACAAACAGAGGAACAAUGGCAACAUCCUCGUGGCAAUAGUGGAAAUGCUCAGCGUAUUGGACAAUAUAACGGAAAUCAUAAUAAAAACUAUCAUCGAGGCGGUCAAAUUAAUUAUAAUCAACAAAAUUGGCGAGGACCUCGUGGUCGUGGUCAUUAUGAUGGUUCGUACGCUGGUGGCCAACGAUACUACAAUGAAAAUGGUAAUCGUGGUGGAGGUGGACACCGAGUUGGAUCUAAUUCUAAUUAUCGAGGUAAUCGUGGUGGUAAUCAACGAGGUGGUCGAGGUGGCAAUUCUGGUUAUCAUGGUAAUGGAAAUCAAAAAUCAACUCAAUAUCACCAGACUACCGAUCAGCAAGAGCAACAAGAACAACAAGAAAUAUGCUCAGCUCCACCAAGUCAACAUAAAUAA